CACGUCGUCUCUCACUCUUCUCCCAUCCAGUCACACCACUACCUGAAACGCACACCACAUCACCAAAGCAAUAUUGUUGAUUCGAGCUAAGCAAUCUUAUUGCUCAAUCCGCACUUCCGUCCAUUACAGUCCAAAUUCUAGUCUACCAGUCACUUCGAGUUAUCAACCUAAGCAACCGUCAAAAUGAGUGCAAUUCGGGAGGAUGUCAAUGAGCCUAUCCAGGUGCUCAUGACCAUGCAUGACAACAUGAACCUUCUUGACUUCGCCGGCCCCCUCGAAGUCCUCAACCACGCUCAACACGAUCUCAACAAUCCAGAAUCCAAAGCCUUCGAUGUCACCUUCGUCGGCCCAGAAGAGCACGUCCUAACUGCCCAGGGAGUCACCUUGGCAGCACACAUCUCCUACAAAGAAGCACACAAGCGGCUGAAGGAAUUCGAUCUCCUCGUCGUCCCUGGUGGAAAGGCUAUGGACAUCUUGAAAGAGCAGGCCGAACCUACCAAGCUUGUCAAGGCAUACUCCGAGGUCCAAGCCGCUGACCCUGCGAGAGAGAGAACACUCCUAGCAGUGGACACAGCUGCCCUGUUCCUCGCCCAGCAGGGUCUUCUCGAGGGUCUUGGCGCGACCAUCCACCCAGAUUAUUAUAUCAAGUUGGAGAAGGAGUGUCAGGAGGCUGCAGCCCGAGACAUGGGCGAACGGACCGAUGUCAUGGAGGAACGAUACGUCGUAAACAAUGCCCGCUUCGAUCUUGGCGAGGACGUCGAAGAGAAUCCAUACGUCUUUAAGAAAGGCCGCAAGGGCUCCACUGCUCGCAAGGGAAGUCUUGCCCGAAAGGAAUCCAAUGCUCGCUAUGAGAACCUUGUCCGUCGCAAGAGCCUGAAACUCGGUGGUAUGCGAGUUAUCACCAGCGGAGGUUCGGUGAGCGGUAUUGACGCCAGCUUGUAUCUCGUCAGUGCGCUUGUAAGUCUUGAGUGUGCUCAGGAAGUCGCUCGUCUCAUGCAGUACGACUGGGUCAAGGGCGUUGUCGUUGAUGCCAUUGAUGUCUAAGUGGUGUAUUAUUGGACACUUGACUUGUCAGGGGAAAGGAUCUGUGGCCAUGGCAGCCCAUGGUCAAAUGUAGGAAUUGAAGAUCAGCAAGAGCAUAUGCAUAGGACAAAGGAAAGAUCAGUGCUAGAUAAGCUGGGAUAGCAGGAUAUGUCAGGAAUGGGGAAAUAAAGUCAACUCGAAUCCCUGGGUGCGGAUUUGAGUGUGCAAUUGCUAUUACCAAAACUGCCAAAUGCUUUUGUUCCACUUUUCUGCCGGAACUAGACGACUCUCAAA